AUGUCUAGAUCCUCCAUCCCACUACUUACAGCAUCGGGUUCACUUGAAUAUAUAGGGGCGCAGACUCUUCCUGAAGUCUACUUCCUUCUACAACCAAAAGCCAGCAUUCCGAUUCGUGCCAAGAUGUGCACUGCCAUCGACAUCUGUUACUCCUGCGGAUGCACCAAGGAAAUGGACUUUGUUCAAUGCAAAGGACGCCAGGGCACGAACGUGCGGUGCAAGCCAGUCAAGAAGGAGCUGGGGAAGCUUUCUACCAACUACUGCCGACGCCAUCUCGUCCCUCCGGAGGCUUCGAAGACUUAUGUUGAGGAGGAUGAGGAUGAGAUCGAGGAUGAUGAAGCCCGAGAUGACCCCGAGGUGGCCACUGAGUGA